AUGAAGAUAAGGAAAAAAGGAAAAUUUAAAAAUAUCGACAGCGACGAGGAUGAUGAUGGAAAGAGAGCAAAAGUAUCCGACGGUGAGAAGAAGCACCGUGCUCAAGGCCACACAAUGCCAACCAUGGACAUGGCCAAAGAUAACAAUGUGAAUGAGAUGAAUUUUCAAAAGGGUUUUGUUCUCUGCACUGUGGUGCUUGGCGCAAAUGCCAUAUUGGCUGUGUCUCUUGCACUCUGCAAAGCAGGUGCCCAUGUUGCGAAAACCCCCCUGUACCAGCACAUUGCAAACCUUGCUGGAAACAAGAACUUGGUUUUGCCUGUUCCUGCUUUCAAUGUCAUCAACGGUGGAUCACAUGCCGGAAACAAACUUGCAAUGCAGGAGUUCAUGAUUCUUUCUGUUGGAGCUUCCUCAUUUAAGGAGGCCAUGAAGAUGGGAGUUGAAGUAUAUCACAAUUUGCAGUCUGUAAUUAAAAAGAAAUACGGUCAAGAUGCAACUAAUGUUGGUGAUGAAGGUGGCUUUGCACCUAACAUUCAAGAAAACAAAGAAGGUCUUAAAUUGCUUAAGACUGCCAUUGCUAAGGUUGGAUACACUGGCAAAGUUGUUAUUGGAAUGGAUGUUGCUGCCUCAGAGUUUUAUGGAUCAGAUAAAACCUAUGACUUGAACUUUAAGGAGGAGAACAACAAUGGCUCCGAGAAGAUCUCAGGAGAUGCUCUCAAAGAUCUCUACAAGUCUUUCGUAAGUGAGUACCCUAUUGUUUCCAUUGAGGAUCCAUUUGACCAAGAUGACUGGGAGUACUAUGCCAAGAUGACCGCUGAAUGUGGUGAACAAGUACAAAUUAUAGGAGAUGAUCUUCUUGUCACCAACCCAAAGAGGGUUGAGAAGGCAAUCAAGGAAAAGUCUUGCAAUGCUCUUCUUCUCAAGGUUAACCAAAUUGGGUCUUUAACAGAGAGCAUUGAAGCUGUAAGAAUGUCUAAGAAAGCUGGUUGGGGUGUUAUGGCAAGCCACCGCAGUGGAGAGACUGAGGACACCUUCAUUGCUGAUCUCUCCGUGGGUUUGGCAACGGGUCAAAUCAAGACCGGAGCUCCCUGUAGGUCGGAGCGUCUUGCCAAGUACAACCAGCUCUUGCGAAUUGAGGAGGAGCUCGGUUCAAAAGCUGUGUAUGCUGGAGCUAAGUUCCGCGUCCCAGUUGAGCCCUACUAAAUUAUGAAGCGUUGAUAUCUUUUGCGGGAUCCUAAAGCAAUGGAAGUUGACUUUCCAGUGAUUAUGUAGAACGAUUUAGGCUUCUGAUUUGAUGAUACUUGUUUUUUUUUCUUGCAAUAUUGCUCAGAAAAGUUUUGUUUUGAGAGCUUUGAACAAUGUUCAACUGAUAUUUAUGCGGAUGCUAUCAGUUAUUGAGUUGCAUUUUGAUUAUUACAGUUA